CUCUCUUCUCUGAACUGAUCUACAGUACUGUUGCCUUGCCCGUUCUCAGCUGGUGUUGCGACCACACAGCCGGAAUCUCCGCUUGUCUUUUUGUGGUACUGUUGGUGAACUUUAUUUCCAGUGUGUGGCGCGGCGCGCAUCACUGCUCGUGAAGGAAAACUGCUGCUGCAAAAUGGACUGAAGCAACAAUUCAACAAAGUGUGGAUACUAAGGAAAAUAUUAGUAUUUCUGUAGAGAGCAACCUUUCUAAAGGUUGAAUUACCAUCAUGGAAGAGGACGACGGGCAUCUUGAGAACGGUAUCCACGCCGCCAAGGACUCGGACCGACAGCAGCGGCUCAGGCUUUGUGUUUUAAAUGAAAUAUUGAACACCGAGCGGGAUUAUGUUCGGACACUGCUUUUCCUUCAGUCGGCAUUUUUGCACAGAAUCAGACAAACUGCAGAUGAUCAACAGUGUCUCUCACCAGAACAUGUCAAGAUUCUGUUUUCAAAUAUUGAGGACAUCCUGGAGUUGCACAAAGACGUGUUGUCUGCAGUGGAGGCCAGUCUGCAGCCAGAACCCCAGCUUCACCAUGCACUAGGACAUGUGUUCCUCCAGUUUAAGGCAAGUUUCUCGGUGUACGGCGAGUACUGCAGUAACCAUGAAAAGGCUUUGCGACUUCUCAUGGAGCUAAACAAGAUCCCAAAUAUCAGGACCUUCCUGCUGCACUGUAUGCUUCUUGGAGGGAAGAAAAGCACAGAUGUUCCCCUGGAGGGCUACCUCCUCAGCCCCAUUCAGAGGAUCUGCAAGUACCCUCUGCUGCUGAAGGAACUGUUAAAGCGGACCCCAAAGAAGCACGCUGACUAUCCUGCAGUGGAAGAGGCUCUGCAAUCCAUGAAGGCUGUCUGCUCCAACAUCAAUGAGACCAAGAGGCAGAUGGAGAAACUGGAGGCUCUCGAACAGCUGCAGUCCCACAUUGAGGGCUGGGAGGGAACCAACCUGACAGAUAUAUGCACAGAGUUGCUGCUUCAUGGGAAUCUCCUUAAAAUCUCCGCAGGCAAUAUCCAGGAACGUGUCUUCUUCCUGUUCGACAACCUUUUGGUGUACUGUAAGAGGAAGUCCAGGGUUUCUGGAAAGAAGUCCACCAAGAGGACCAAGUCUAUCAACGGGCCCCUCUAUGUGUUCAGAGGCCGAAUCAACACUGAGGUGAUGGAGGUGGAAAAUGUGGAAGAUGGAACAGCGGACUAUCACAGCAACAACUACACAGUGACGAAUGGCUGGAAGAUCCACAACACUGCUAAAAACAAGUGGUUUGUCUGCAUGGCCAGAAAUCCAGAGGACAAGCAGAAGUGGCUGGACGCCAUCUUGAGGGAGCGGGAGCAGAGAGAGAGUCUCAAACUUGGAAUGGAGCGGGAUGCCUACGUGAUGAUCGCCGAGAAGGGGGAGAAGCUCUACCACAUGAUGAUGACCAAGAGUCGGCACCUGAUUAAGGAUAGACGCAGGAAGCUCAGCAUUGUGCCCAAGUGCUUCAUGGGAAAUGAGUUUGUGUCAUGGCUGAUAGAGAGCGGGGAGAUCAGUAACCCUGAUGAAGGAGUCAACCUGGGACAAGCUUUGCUGGAGAAUGGCAUCAUUCACCAUGUGUCAGACAAGCACCAGUUCAAGAACGAGCAGGUCUUGUACCGAUUCCGCUACGACGAUGGCACCUACAAGGCCCGCAGUGAGAUGGAGGACAUCAUGUCUAAGGGCGUCAGGCUGUACUGCCGCCUUCAUAGCCUCCACACGCCUGUCAUCAAGGACAGAGACCACCAUCUGAAAACCUUUAAAUCUGUGGUGCCUGCCAGCAAACUGGUUGACUGGCUACUCUUGCAGGGAGACUGCUCAACCCGAGAGGACGCUGUGACGCUGGGUGUGGGGCUCUGCAACAAUGGCUUCAUGCACCAUGUCUUGGAGAAGAGUGAGUUCAAAGAUGAGUCCCAGUUCUUCCGUUUCUAUGCAGACGAGGAAAUGGAGGGAACCGGCGCCAAGAGCAAGCAACUCCAGCGCAAUGACUUUAAACUCAUCGAAAACAUCUUAGCGAAGUCCCUAGUGAUCCACCCUGAGGAAGAAGACUACGGCUUUGAGAUUGAGGAGAAAAACAAGGCCAUUGUGGUGAAAUCUGUCACCAGGGGCUCACAUGCUGAGAUGGCCGGCCUGCAGGUGGGCAGGAAGAUCUACACCAUCAAUGAGGACCUGCUGUUCCUCCGGCCCUUCUCUGAGGUGGAAACCAUGAUCAGCCAGGCCUUCUGCGUACGGCGCUCUUUGCGACUGCUCGUUGCCACCAAGGCCAAGGAGAUUGUGAAGAUCCCUGACAACCCAGACACCCUCUCCUUUAUACUCUGUGGCUCCGCCCCUUCUCAUGUCCACGCUGUCAGGAAAGGCUGGGAGGCGGUUGGUGCAGGUCUUCAGCCGGGUCAGGUCAUCCUGAAGGUCAACGGCAACAACGUCAACCGCAGUGACUACCAAGAGGUCCUGGAGCACUUCACAGCACAGCACAAACCACAGGAGCCUCCCCAAGCGUGUCAGUGGGUGUAUCGUGCAUUUGAGGAUGUCAAAGAGCUACAAAGAGAAAGAGCUUCAGGUGAGAAGGAGGAGAGCCUUUUCAGGCCUUAUCCAGUGGAGAAUGGCUCAGACUACGAGGAGGAGAAUGGCACCAAUGGAAAAGACUUCCUGCUGGGCAGACUUUCCCUCUCCACUGACCUGCCUCUGGUCAGUAUGACGGUAGAUAACGUCCAUCUGGAGCACGGUGUAGUCUAUGAAUACGUCAGCACUGACGGCAUCAAGAGCCACGUCCUGGAGAAGAUGGUGGAGCCUAAAGGCUGCUUCAGCCUCACUGCUAAGAUCCUGGAGGCAUUUUCUGGCGAUGACGUCCUCUUUGUUCGUAACUGCAGCCAGCUCAUCUCCCAGAGCGACAGAGUGGUUACCAUGCCUCAAUACGAGUUCAGACAAAUCUGUGACACCAAGCUGGAAAGUAUCCGACGGCGUAUCAGCAGCUAUCAGCAGUUUGCCCUGGAGCUGAGAAACAAGGCGUGGCCCUCCUUCAGGCAAGCCGGCGUUCGCCCUCACCCGCUCAGCUGCAUGGACUUUGUUCCCACCAACUGCCACGUUAACAUCAUGCAGGUCUCCUAUCCCAAGGGCACUACCCCCGCUGGCAGAACUUUCAGCAUCCGCUUUGGGCGCAAGAACUCCCUGUUUGGUCUGGAUCCUGAUCAAGCGCAACUGAAUCCCAUGUCACACACCCAGCACUGUGUGACCAGUAUGGGAGCUCCUUCCUGGAACUCUUCUGGCCUGGAAGGGGAUGAGGUAGACAGCAGUGGGGAGGUGAACAUGGAUGGAGGCGAGGGGUUGAUGGACAGUCUGCGGGGCAGCCAUGGAGAAGGCGGGUUGAGCUUCCUGCUCAAACAGGAAGACACAGAGACACAGGAUGCCUACAUUUAUUUGUACAGCCGCCUGGAUGUUGCUGUAAGGGAGAUGAAGCAAUACGUUGCUCAGAUAGAUGUCCUCUUGUCAUCUAUCACCGAGCCCACACAACUCCAAGGGGAGGGUGGGGAGCCGCCGGUUUAUGAGCCUGGUCAGACACCCUCUUUGGCCCACUGUGAGGAUGGCUGCGACCAGGACAAGGCGGAGCAAGGCGGCAUUAAAAGGGUCUGCUUCAAGGUGAACGAGGAGGACCAGGAAGACUCGGGUCAUGACACGAUGAGCUUCAGGGACUCCUACAGUGAAUGCAACAGCAACAGAGAUUCAGUCCUGUCCUACACCAGUGUUCGAAGUAACAGCUCCUACCUGGGGAGUGACGAGAUGGGAUCAGGGGAUGAACUGCCGUGUGACAUGAGGAUUCCUUCGGACAAACAGGACAAGCUGCAUGGCUGCCUCGAGCACCUUUUCAACCAGGUUGACGCCAUCAACAGCCUACUCAAAGGACCGGUUAUGGCCAAGGCCUGUGAAGAGACCAAGCACUUUUACUCUGAUCACAGCCAACCAGAGUUCCGCCAAACAGAAGACUGGACGGUUCGUUGUCGUUAUAUUAUCCACAAGAACAUCCAGGAGGACCCUUGGAACCUGCCCACCUCUAUCAAAACCCUGGUGGAGAGCCUACAAAGAUUUGUGGAUGAUGGAAAGAACCAGCUUCUCCUGGCCCUGCUUAAGUGCACAGACACGUCUCUGCAGCUAAGGCGGGAUGUGAUCUUCUGCCAGGCGGCGACGGGAGCCCUGUGCACACUGGCUGAGCAGCUGUUGGCGGCGUUGCGGUCGCGGUUCAACAACGCUGGAGAGUACCAGGAAGACGGCAAAGAGACCAGCCGCAAGUGGCUGGAGCAAAUUUCUGUCAUUGGCGUGCUGCUGCACUUCCAGUCCACACUUGCACCACACCUGAAAGAUGAGCGGACGAUGCUGGAAGACACCAAGGCGGCCCUGCUGGAUUUGGACAAAGUCACUGUGUUCUUCAGGCAACUGGAGGAUGAGUAUCUAGUCGCAAACACACCAGUAUGUUACCAGGUGGACGGCAGCCGACAGGCCCUGAGGGUCACCCUGUAUCUAGACAGCUGUCACUUCAGUGAGCUACCCAGUCGGCUGCAAAAUGGAGGCAGCCUCAAGCUCUACACCGUCCUCUUCACUAGGGCACUGGAACGUCCAGAGGGAGUGUCCCAGCAGGACUACGCAGCCAUGGAGGAAUUCCAGCAGCGCACCAACGCUGUCUCACUAGAGAAGGUCAAGGCCUACUACCGCAGACUCAGGGCUUUCUAUUUGGAGAAGUCCAAUCUCCCCACAGACUCGAACACCACAGCAAUGAAGAUAGACCAGCUGCUGCGACCCCUCAACACGCUGGAUGACCUCUGUCGACUAAUGCAGUCCUAUGUCAACAUGCGCCCAAAUGCCCAAGGCCACCCGUCAGGAGUCAGCGUACUGUGUGUCUCCUCUGAGCUGUGUAACCGCCUGGGAGCCUGCCACAUCACUAUGUGUGGUACAGGCAUGCAGAGAUGUACCCUAAAUGUGACACUGGAGCAGGCAAUGAUCUUAGCCAGGAACCAUGGUCUCAUGCCACGCUGCAUCAUGCAGACCAUGGAUAUAAUGCGCAAACAGGGGGCAAGAGUUGAGCUCUCAGCUAAAAAUCUCAAGGUGAUGGACCAGAUGCCUCCAUCCUUCCCAAGGCUCUUCAAGCUGUGUUUGCCACCCUCAGAUGGAGAACUCUAAGAAAACCAUCACUUUAGAGAAAGGGUGAAUGUGAAAGAGGACAAUAUGAUGAGAGAUGGAAGCAACAAAAGAAUGCGAGUCUCACCACUUUUCUUCCAAGAGACACUGCCAACGGAAAGACCCCACCCCUCCACCGCCCUAAUUACACAGGGGUCAUUCCACCAUGGAUACCACUAGAGUCUUCAGUGUAACAUACAGGCAAAACAUGACUAUACAAAUGACUAAAGUCAAUUACCAGGGAUCAACUACUGUGAGAGUGAUGCAGCCUGACGCUCAAGACUAAUCAGCUACUGUUAUACUGAGAAGCCACCCUGAUAGAAGUAGUAUUGCUUAGGCUGUCUGUCAACACAAAGCUGAAAUGAAUGACUUGGCAUUUGGUGCAAAACAUUCGCAACACAUAUGAAAGGGAGAUGCCAAUUUGAGGCCUCAUAAAGACGACAUCCGCAGUGAUUAUGCUCAUAACCGAGCACUUAUAAUUAACUGGAUUAACCAAACUACCUGUAGCUAAAUGCAGAUGUUAUCCAUUUUGCCUUGGACUGCAACUCCAUAGAGCUAUCUCUUUCUCCGUUUGGGCUGGUGUUCCCCAGUGCUCAAUGUUUGGACCCCAAUGGAAAUAGAAUACUUGAAUACCCUGGUAUUCAUGCAUGUUAGCUGGCUGAAUAGAUGCAGAAAGUCAAAAAAUGUACAGAGAGAUGGAAGUAGGGAUUGAGGGACAGAUGAAAGGACGUAUAAUGGGAGCAUGUGGUUACUGUGCAAUUACUGUAGGUUUAGUGUGAGUACUGUAUUACUGCACUAUAUGAAGGAUAGUUAUUUAUUGUUUCCGGAAGGAGCAUUUUUAUCCCUCACUUAUACUGUAUCAGGUAUUAAAGAAUCUAAAAGCAUUCCAGCCUACGUAUUAAACAGUAUUUAAAGGACCAAUGGCAUGCCAUUUUUCUGACGUAACUGCUUGUGUAUUUUAUUUAUAUGUAUGGUCUUUUAUCAUGUCAGGAAGUGUAACAUUGAUCUUCAGGGAGAGCAAGGGAGAUAAGAUAAACAGAAGCUAGCUAAUAAGAAUCAGGACAAAGGAAGCUAAAGCAAACUAUACAAGGCUGCUUGUCAAUAAGCAACCAAGUCAACAGGCUGGUAUAUUGAAUCAUUCUUAAAUUAUUAAUAUAUUAAUUCAAUAUUACGAAAUAUUCAAUUCAAAUGUACUAGUUGAAGGAUUGCCUUCUGUUAACUAAGACAUUAUUUUGCUUUUAAAUUGGUUUUACAUUGUCUUGGGACUAUUGUAUGUACUGGAGGUAUUAAAAUAAGCACAAUGACUGAAGUUGCAGUGUUAGCAAAAAGUACUGUAAGAAGUUUGUGGCUGGUGUAAACAAAGGGAUCACUUCAGGACUGAAACACAGUAACAUUAUUUUACUGAGGAUUUAAAUGUAUUGUACAUACAAAUUGUAACAGUGUGAGAGAAAAUGAUAGUGUGUCGUAAAGCAGCAGAGUAAUGCUAUAAGUUAAAUUGGAUUUUUAUGGAGAUAAUAUAGUAUAUAAAACGGUUAGUAUUCAUGACUGUGCAUUUAAAGAGAAGCUGUUUCUCUUUGCUGACUGUAACCUCUCUGACAACUUGUUGAUUUUGACUGUUGAAAAGGUUUGUCAUGCAUUUCAAGAGUCUGUCUUUACAUCAGGCAGACAACAUAGUCCUUUUUAUUUAUUCAAAAACAGUCUGGUUCCAAAUGAGUUUGUUGGAAUAGUCUCUACACAUCCCGCGGUACUAGUGUGGCCACUGUAAAUUUACAUCCUUCUCUUGGCAUAUAAGACUCAGCGGAUAUUUGCAUUAUUAUAAUUCAUAUUUGCUUUGAAUCUGUUUAGCGUUGUAUGAACUUGGAAUACAGCAUUUGUUACAUCAUAAUAUCAUAAGUGUGUGUGUGUGUGUGUUACCUGUUUAAAUUAGCAAAGACUGCAGCAUGUUGGUGUAGCUGGACAAAUAUGUCACUGAUUACACAUUUAUUUACAUUAUUCUAAUGUUUUGUAUAUACUUUAUUUGCAAUGUUAUGUUGCUUGAAAAUAACUGUACAAAGGAUAUUUCUUUAAUCUUUCUAAAAUUAUCAUUGUAAAUGCAACCUUAACAAGCUAGUAAAUAAAAUGUUCACAAUAUGGUGAUGUUUUGCAGUGAAGAAGCAUGUCCAUGUUGGCAAGUCCAACAUGGACAUGAUUUCCAGUAUAAAAAUGCUAAUACACACACA